AUGGCGCCGUUGCCUGCGAAAGCCCUCCAUCGUCGCGGAGACAACGCAGGUCGCACAUUCUCGAUCAUAUUUGCUGUCAUCGCCUUUCUGGUCGUUCUGGGAUGUCUCAUCUGGGGUAUCAUCCUUCCAAGAUAUCGCAAGAGAAAUAUUCGUCGCCCGCCGCAAAGACUUGCCGCGAACCGUAUGACCGUCUGCAACGCUCGCCGGUUCCCGAGCCAUCCUGCUCUACUCCGUGGCUCUCGGAAAACGUCCUCUAUUGCUCUUGGACAGUACGAUCCACGAACUGAGAGUCCUUUUCCGCACAAUCCUGCGCAGCCAGGCUCAAGCCUUCCGCCUCCUCGUCCUCCUCCUGCUCAUCUCCUCGGGGCGCCAACCCAUAGCGAUGGCCUCUUCACGCCAAUCAAAGAUCGCCGACCAUCCAGGAACGGCCGAUCCUGGACAGAAGCGCUGUUCUUUCGGUCCAAAAAGCGGGUGGAAAAUGAAGAGGAGACAAUGCCCAAGGUGACGACUGUGCAGGACUAUGUGCUUCCCAUUCCUGAAGCGCUCCUCUUGAAGCCUAGGGCAGCAGGACGGCCACCGCCACUGACGAAGCAGUUGGAGAUGUUUCCGUUACCACAUGGCAUUGAUCAUCGUAAAGGAGGACUGAUGCACCACUUCAAGCUCUUCCAAGACAUGGAGCAGCGAGGCUCUAAAUCGGUUGCGAACACUGUUGGAACACCUUGCCCAACACCUUGCAAAGCACGCUGCUCGAGCACUGGAAGGUCGUCAAUCUUGCAGGUGGCCGUGCAAGGUGAUAACCUAGCUGCCAAAUUCACGAACCAUGCCCAUCCUAUGCCGACCCAACAGAGCAACUCUUUCUGCGCGAGGGGCCUUUCUCUCCGCGACAAAGGCAAUGAAGGACUAGUGACAUCCAUGAUUCCGGCUGUUUCUAUCACAGGCACCCCGGUAAAACAGCUGCCUUUGAACAGAACUAGUGGUUUGAGCAGAUCAACAGCCCCAGCCUCUGAGAUCCGUGAACUACAUGACCACGCAGUCACUGAUGAAAGAACUGAGAGCGCUUCUUUCCAGCAAGGACAUACACCAUCCACAAACCCGUUUACAACUCCUGGGAAUUCGUCGACACCUCCAACUUCGUCUAUUGUGUCUUGCAACACUUUUCCGGCUCUUCCAACACCUCUGCCAUUGCCCCAACCAGCUUCAGCCACGUUCGUGAGAGCCUCCGAGAUUUACCAUCACCAGACCCCUGCUUCGACGCUUCCUCCUCCAGCCAAGGGCACUCUACCAUCCCACAUCUUCCUCAGUCAGGCGGUCUAUCGUACAGACACGAGUAUGGAUCCCGCGCAGGCACCCGGCAUACGCCCAAUAGCUGCGAGACCUGAAACCCCGACAGAUUCCACUUUCCAGCCACGUCCGAUGCAGACACAGCGGCAUUCGUUGUCAUCCUUCUCGAAAGUUAACAAGCCAACCACGGUGCCAGCAAAAGGCAACCACAUUCAACGCGCAAGCAGCGUCUACAGCCGAGACACAAGAGGAAUGAGCAUUGUGGGAAACGGAGCCUACACACAAACUGGUCACGACAAUGCAAAAGGAAAUGCGCAGCCGUGGUCAUCUGUUGGAAACCAUAUGGACCGUAUGCAGCCAGAGGCCGACGUCACGAAUACUUUGAAACGCAAGAUUGACAGAUGGGAUCUACGCACUGACCAUCUCAACGCGCAGGUGCUCCCACCUUCGGUGUACAAGCGAAGCGCUUCAGAUUCCGGACCUAGGGGUGCAGGAUUGUGCGAUUUUUCCAUCUUCAAGCAACCCAACAACGCCUGGAAGCGGGACGGCGGUGAUGGAGAGAGACAGGCCCCUAUGGGUCGCACCGGCCGAUUUCAAUCUGAUGAUGAUGAUGUUUUCGUCAAUCAGGUCAUGGACCUCCGCCAAGCGAGGGCUUUAUCGGCAGCAAAGGUCGUGCAGAUGUAUAGGCCCGAACCGGUCGUUCCGAGUGGGUUGGCGCCAGGUACUGCACCAGGAGGCGCACAAUGGAUCUGA